UCUGCCGGCCUCUUGAUCUCUCACCUUAAGACACCACUCCAGCCGCGUCCUGUCUGCGUGGCUGACACCCUGAGUGUUGUUUGCGCGCCAGCCCGAUAUUUCGGCACCAACACGCACGCACACAUGACCGAAGAAAAGAUGCCGCUCAUGCUCGAAAACGGCAUGAAUGGGGCCAUGCAGGUCGACCAGCUCGACGUCGACGACCUCUUUGGCGACGGCGUUGGCGGCCUGUCUCUUCAUACGGCCCGCCCUCCAACGAAACAACUGCGCCAAAGGAUCGAUGAGCUGCGCACCCGCGGCUGUUGCCAGGGAGUCGCGUGGUCCAGAUCCGGCGCAAUAGCUUCAGUUUCACCAGACGGAAAGACACUGGAAGCCAGGUUCCUGCGUUCUCAUCCUGACAAUGGCGACUGGGGUCUCAGUGAGCCUACAAAAGUUGAUCUCAUCAGCAUCAAUCCUUCAAGCCCCAUAAUACACCUCACCUGGGCCUCAACAGCAAGCCCUGAACUAGCCGUCAUCGACGCGACUGGCCGAGUUGCCAUUCUGACCUAUUCCAUCACUCUGAACCGGCCCUUCGCAACACGGAAAUGGGAUCAUGACCCUUCCGACGACCUCCAUGCCAUUGUCGGAAGCUACUGGCUACCACUUGCUCCUCAAAGCAAACAGUACUGGGUGAGCCACGGACCGGCUGUGAAAGAUGGCAACCAAUAUAGGUACGAAAGCUCCUUCGUACGUGCCGGGGGCCCGUGGCACCCGAAUCCAUCCAAGAGUGCUCUGUUGUGUGUGACGACAAACGGGCAUCUGAAGAUGUUUUGGGCUCAGAACAACAAUAAGAUCGAAGAAACCUCACUUGAGCUCGAGAGUGUCAACUCAUCCGACGACUUGAUCACACAUGCAGCACUUCACAGCUACCUGUGGAUUGCCCUGGCCACCACCAACAAGCAAAUACGAGUAGUGAAAGUUGGCAUUCAUUGGGGACUGCCACAAUCUCAAUCCGAUACCAAGCCACCGCCAGGCAGCCAAGCUCUUAACCCUACCUUGCACGAGAAGCACGUCGCCAUCUCUACCUGGCUACCCAGCGGUCCAUCCACGACACCGGUAGACUCAGCCGCGACGCAACUGACACACUUGGAGAUUUUACCGUCGGUCAUGGACCCCAAUGGCCAGGGAGCUCCUCUCGUCAUCCUCGCAGUUCGUACUUACGUGCCAACACCCAAUACCCCAUAUCAGGAAACGCAAAGUAUCAUCGACAAGUGGGAGGUUCCUAGCGAUCAGCCUCAAAGUCUUCAUCCUGCCUUUGAGCAGCUUGGAAGUCGCAGGAAUAGUACAGGAACGGCUCCAGCUCCUACUUGUCGACUCAAGAAGUGCGACCCCGUAGUCAUCAAUAAGGCCGUGAUUGGUCUUCAUACCAUCCAGUACGGCAACGUCGUCUGCUUGGCCUUCAGUGAUGGCUCGGUGGAAUACCGCGAUAGGUAUACUCUACAGGAAGUCUACAAUGAGAUGAAUCUCGACAGAGUCAUGACAUUGGGUCAAGUGGGGUUCACCUUGCAGGAUGAUUCACCAUGCUUACAAAUGGCCUUCUCUCCGACCAAUUGUUCUGUAGUCAAGGUUCAAGACGACGGCAAGGUCAAGUGGAGUAGACUUCAUCAUCCUCUGGGAGACAUAGGAAACUCUAACCAAGAUGCACCGUAUGCGGCCACCUUGGCAGCUCUGACUGUGGCGGCGUCGACGGCGACGUUCAAUAACAUCAACUACGACGACAUACUGGCCGUCGCUCGACCCUUUGCGGAUAAGAAGCGUGCGUUGUUUCCCGUCGCCGUUCCGAAUCCCUCACUAACACUUUCAGGCUUCACGUUUGACUGGAUCAAUGAGAUCGUACGGAUGCUCAAGGUCCCGGUAGACUACUCAGAAGACACCCACCACGACAGUCUUGUACGGAACAGUUCGCUACAAAUGUGCCUGAGCAUCCUCAACCACCUCGGAUACAAGGGUAUAUUCCAGCCCCGGACCUUUGGCGGCAAGUUCGCCAUGCUGGCCCUCAACGCACGCAACGUCGUCAUCCUCAUCACGAUCGCGAGCAAUACUCCCGUCAACAUCCGUGAGAAGCUCAGCCCGCUCGACGAGCACGAGGUCGUCGACGCCCUCGCGGGCUGCGCGAAGUGGUCCCUCGACCUACUCGCCUGGCUCACCGACUCGCUCUUCGCCCUCCUCGACGACCCGCAGUUCCUCGCCCUCCUCACCCCGCAGCGCUUCUCCGAGAUGAGCGCCUACCUGCAGUCCCGCUCUGACGUCUCCCUCCACCUCCUCCUGUGCUCCUCCACCCGCGGCUUCCUCUCCGCCGUCUGCCGCCGCAUCCUCCACCUCGAGAUCCUCUCCAACCGCGCCAUCGAGUUCUACGAGCGCCGCGCCGCGAUGCAGAAUGCCACGGACCCGUCCUCCCAGGCAAAGGGCCUUCACGUCGUCCUCUAUAAGGCCUACCAGAAGAUGCAGCGCGUCACCUCGAGCAGCCUGAUUAAAGUGCAGGAGUUCGACCGCCUCCUGACCGUCCUCAACAACGACAUUCGCACCGCGUACCAGACCUCCCUCGCCUCCCUCGCGAGCAAGAACCCGCCCGGCGCCGGCGCAGCCGCGCAAAAGGCCGUCGACGCGCAGAUCAAGACCGCCCAGAUGCACUGCGAGCUCAACAUGCUCCUCGCGUCGUCGCCGCCGCCCGCCUUCCUCGGCGUGCUGCUCAAGUUCUUCAACACGGACCUCCGGGCCUACCGCGGCCUGGCCGACCCGUCCAAGCUCUUCUUUGCAGACUACGACCUCCUCGAGGUGGAAGACGAUCGCCGGACGCUGGCGGCGCGCAAGGCCAAGAGCCGGUUCAUUGACGUGUUCAAACGCGUUGAGCUGGUCGGCCCGCCUCCCAGUUCUCGUGCUGGAGGCAGCGGCGGCAGUGGUGCCGCUGGUAGCAGCAACAGCAACAGCGCCAGCGGCGGUAAGGAAGCCGAGGAAGCCAAGACGGUGCAGUGGAGGCGCUGCGUGCGGUGCUCGGCCGUCAUGGAGGACGUCUUUGGCUCGCGGCCGGGCUUCACCUUUGUGUUGGCGCAGCAAAGGAAGUGUUCCUGCGGCGGUCACUGGGGGCUUUUACCUAGGGGGUCUCUCAUCGGUUAG